AUGAGAUGGACCUCUACGUAUGAGUGGACUUGGGUCGGGGCCUCGUUCUGCCCGCACAGGAGUUUGGCCUCGGGCAAGGCAUUUUGUUUUUGUGAUACCCUACUAUUUCUAUUGGAGACGAAGACGACAUGUGCUUCAGAGCAGGCUGUCUCGGGCCCCUUCCAUGUCGCGGUACUGCGAGGAUCUAGAACGCAAUUUCUAAUCGCUUUGUGCAAAUAUGAAGAUAUUUCCAGGGGGCCAAGGCCUGGAUAUGUCAAUCUGAGUGCGGGUGAUGAUGCACUUUCCUAUCUCAUGCCAGAGACCCAGCGUACUUGCCUGAGGUGGCAGGGCCGAGAGGUGGCAGGCGACGCCGCGACCUCGGCUUACAGUCGGUCGCCCGCGGGCUCAGGUCAGAUCAGCAGGAGCACAGGAGCAACAGGCGCACUCCACGUCAGUCGCGAUGAGCGUGCCCACCGAGGUCCCUGCAACUUUCCGUCAUUAAACCAUCCACCAUCCCGUCUGCACCUACCUACAGAUACACCUGUACCACCUCGACUCUGGCGUUUGUGA